CCGGAUAUAAACAUGGCUGCUGGUAUACCAACCCUUUCCCAGGUAAGCUGUGUUUUUUUAUUGUCUCAGUGUAAAAGAAUAUCACGAUUGUGACAUUUUGCGUUACUUAACAGUGUCUCAUGUCAUAGUCUUUUUCCCCAUGAGAUCUCUGUGAUUUAUUGGCGAUCGUAAUUUCAUUUCAUCAUCGCAAAUUGAUAAGCUUACUGUACAAGGUAAAGAUCGAGCUGAGUGUUGGAAUUAAAAGGGGCAUUGAAUUUAUGUUUGUGGCGCAUUCAGCAGACAUCAGCUGUUCCAUAUGUCUUCCUUUGUUUAAAAAAUAUGUUUUGCAAAUCACUGUUGUGAAGAUUCCUGUGGAUUGUUUAAACGGAGCCUUUUUUACCACUGCUACAAAUACUUCUAUGGCUUAUCUAAAGUGAACCUCAAUCUUAUAUUGACUGCAACAAACACACUUUGAUUGUCCAUUUGGUCGAUUUUGCAAAAAGUGCUUUUAGGGCGAUUAUAUCUCGAUGCAAAUCAUCUUAAAUUCACAUGGUCUAUUUUUUUCCGAGACGGAGUCUAGAUCUAUCAGCAUCAGCAUGGUAUAAAUCAAUUAGUCCUUUGAUUUAAAACAAAUCCCCCGCCGCAGAUCGUCUUGUUUCUUUCGUGACAUCAUGCCUUUACGCCCCUCUUAUAUCAAAAUAGAUAGAAUAUCUAAGAUAAUUUUCUUAUCAUGUGGUAAACAUUCACGCAUUUGUUGUUUUUCCUUUGCUCAUAGCUCUCGGCGGGACAUGCGACUGUCUAUGAAAGUUUUUUCAGACAAGUAAGCCUGUUAAUUUAUAAUGAAUCCUUUUUUCUUUUUAUACGCGUGACUUACCUGUGCUAAUUUUGUAAUCAUAGGGUAUACUAUUUAUAUUAUGACUACACUUGAAACACUCAAAAGUAAAAAAAAAGUUUCUUAUACUUACACGUUAUUUUGGUCAGUAAAGACCGUCAAAUUUCAUUUUGAAAGCAGCAUUUAUGAGAUGAAUCAAUCUAAACAUCACACAGAUAGUAGACAAGUGAUUGGGACCAGGCAGUAUUUAUUUACAUUCCACAGUGCAAUAAACCACUAGACUAUUAACAAUUCAACGUAAACGAUAAGAAAGAGGAUACUACAGCCAUACAAUGAAAUCAACCGAAAAAUUACAAAAUGAAGAAACAAAAACAAAACAACGAACAAUCAAACUGCCUUAGGUGUGGGUGGGGGGGAAGCGAAAAUACAAGCUAUUUAAAAAUGCUAUAAUUGCUGUUGCUAGUAAAGCGUAGGUUCAAAUGAACUCAAAUAGCUAUACAUCUAAUACGAAACGUGCUAGGUUGGGCAAUCCCCUGAGACUUACUAGCGUGGACUAUUUUGAUUGGUUCUAAUAAAGUCUUGUGAUAAUUCAAUGAAAGUUGCUCAAUAUGAAAAUACGGACUAUGAACCCUUCCUGCCCCCAACCAGGGCCUCUCUGCUACCAAUGUCUAGAUUUAUAUUAAUAGGAUUAAUAUUCACAUUAAUCUAACUGCCACUUUGUCUAAUCUUCGUACUCUUGUACUAGCCUACAAAUACAUAAUUUAAACAUAGAGAUCAGACAGUGUAUCAAGUAAUCUCUUACAUGAUGUUAAAAUCAAUGGAAAAGUACAAAACUGUCACUCCAAAAAGUGGUAGCGACCACGAGGUGGUUAUUUACAUGGAGUUCCAACUGCAGGUCUUUCACUGGGAAGGUUUUGGUGUCUUGGAUUGAUGGUCACUUAAUAGGUAGUCGAACAUGGAGGUUUGACAGUACUUAUUCCCAUAAUACUUCCCAGCCUGUUUUCUCCAUACCCCAGGGGAGUAUAUUCAACAAAGGUUUGUACAGGGAAUCUCCCCCCUGAGGUCCAACUCCUCAACAUUUUAAUUACCAUUUUUGACAGACAAGAUACCCCUUUUAAACCCCAUCUAUUCACAGAUGGUACCCCUUUCGCACACCUAGUUUAGAACUUUGCAUCUCUGUUAACUGCUGUGUCUUUAAAAUAUGAAUAAAUUACAAAGCCAGAACAAUUUCUUGACUUUUUUCACUGUCAAAAAAUACAUCUGUUAGCCCAUUUGGGCUUCCUUACAGACCAAAAUAAGAGAUUUUCAUGCUCUUUCAUGUAUCUGUUACCAGUGAAGCUGGGAAAAGGUACCCGGCUUUGGGGAGCCUUCCCACAUAGGCCCUUGUAGGGAAUACCUCCCCGCCCCCCACUAUGCAGUUUACCAGUUGGUUUGAUUCCAGAUUUUCCCUUACCAUAGUUUGGUCAUAGCCUGGGGGUGGGGGGACAGUCCCUUACUUGACCUAGAUGGGUAUAUGCUGCUGAAAAGGGUAUAGUUUUCAGCAUCUCGAAUGAAAAGGGUAUAUUAUUUCACUAUUUGGCAACUUUAACAGGGUGUGAUUUUGGACCAGAAGCUUUUAAAGAGUUUGAAGGCUGCUUUAUACAUUUGUGACACCAACAUUUUUUUCCAAAAAAUUAGUUAAAAUGAGUUUUUGUAAAUUACAUAAUUCUGUAUGCAUAACGAGACAAAUCAGGAUCUUAAAAUAAGGUCUCUUGUCCUAAACAGGAUAGCGAAAUGAGUAAUUUCUGUCAUAAACAGUGUUAGGUUUUGAAGACUUCAAUUGACGACACACCUCUACCCAGACCAGACUUCCCUUUAGUGCUUCUUCCCCCCAGGGGCCUAGCCUUCUUCUUAUAGCAGGGUAGAUCAGCUAGGUUUUUAUUAGGUUCUCAGAGUGCAGAUCUCAGGCAUGUUUUAAACAGCUUAGCACAUUUAUUUAUUGUUAACAAGACUUGUUCUGGUUAAAAAAAGGCUGAUGUUUCCAACACUGGUCAGAUUGGUGCUUCAGAUGCAGCAGCUUUCUUAAAAAAAUCUGGUUUAAAGGAAGGUGUUCUACAUAAGGUGAGUAGAGCAUUUUUUCCAGAAUUUCACCAGCUGGUUCUCUUGCUGUUGCAGUAAAGGAUGAAUGUUCAACAUCUAGCUAAAAUUCUGAGACACACAACAGAUGGAAAAGAGACUUACUUAAUUGCAAGCAAUGAAUUGAAUUAAUCUGUUUGCCUACCUUUUUAAUUUGCUUUUAUCAUAAGUGAAGAUUUUGGAAGUUACUGGCAGUAAAAAGUUAUAAAUUUGUGUUGUUGCAAUAUCCCUUUUCCUCACAGAUUUGGGAGCUCGCUGACCCUCAGGGAACUGGAUUCUUAGACAAACAGGUAAAUUAGAUAGAUCAGUAUACAAGAAGAAAGGAACAAGCCACCUUGCCAACUAGUUAUUGUUAUGACAUUGAUUUAUGUGCGUGGGAAGCUUUUUCUAUUAUUAUUUUCAAAUUUUAUGGAAAAAUCUGGGGAUAGCUUACAAAAUAUGUAGAAAUAACAUGGAAAGAGAUAAACCUCCCUCAUGCAGAAUGUACAGGGUGCAAAGAAAAUCAUUUUUACAGCUUGCCAUUUGGGCAAACUGCAGCUAGCAUUUACUAGCCCAAACGUCAUUACAACUAGCCCCAAAAGCUUUUUGAUGAGUAGAACUGAUUUCACAGUUCUUCUGUUAUUCAAAUUGCUCAAAAAACAUCACUUGCCCGUCAAAAACAGAAUUCAUUAGCCUGAUAGCAAAAUCCAAUAGCCCUGGGCUAUCAGACAUUAAGUCUUUCUUUGCACACUGUGCCAAGCAAAGUGUCCAUGCCCGGGGGGGCACUCCCAUAUGAAACAGACGGGGAUGCUCAUCCAGGGCCGUAGCCAGGAAGAAACUACAACCGAGGCGAACACACGGUCCGUUGUACGAAAUCAGCCGUAUGAAAUCUUCUAAUAUUGUCAGUCUGAUAAAAAAAAUAAAAAUCGACAGUAUUUGGUAAAAUUUUACCGAGGCGAGUGCCUCGGUUCGCCUCAUACUGGCUACGGCGGUGUCAUCGGAAAUUUUGAAUUUAACCCCUAAAGGAGACCAUCUGGGCGUGGCUCAAGCUCUUUGUGACCCCUAAAGGAGACCAAUCUGGGCGUGGCUUGAGCAAAUUUUGACCCCUAAAAGAGAUGGCUUAAAAACACACAAAUACGACAUGCAAUGAGUUUUAAUGAUGUAAAGACAUAAUCAUCGUGAUCGUUUUGUAAUUUUGUAAGCGCUAAACCCGCUGAGUUUCCUGUUAUAGACAAACAAUAGACAAAGCACAAAGACAUCUUGUAAUAAGGCUUCCUUUAUUGUCACUGAUUAAUCGGAUUAUAAUGUUCUCUACUGUUUGUAGAAAUCUUUGAUCUAUAAUCACUGAGGUAAUGUGGUAAACAAAACAAGUUAAAAAGACAAUUUGACUUCUGUUUCUCUUCGCGUAAUUCUGUUUCUUGGCGGAACCCUAAAUGAGACCUAAUGGCGGCUCCAGGUCACAAAGGUGUAUGAGCUGUAAGUAGAUUUAGGGGUUUAUGACCAGAAGUUUACCAUCUUUAUUUGAACCAAGAGAACUGUUCAUAGUAAACAAGUGUUUCUAUCGUGGACAUGUCCAUGAGGAGAGCUUUGUUGUGUAAUCCUUUUUUAAAACAUUUGACUGGGUAGUACCGCUUCUAAGUGCAGACUUGUCAUCAUUAAAAAUAGUGCAGAUAAACAUGCAGGAACAAACCUUGCAAAAUAGUUUAUUAUUAUAUCCUGUAAAUGAUAACCAUUUUCUUUUCUCAUUUACAGAGAUUUUUCUUGGCUCUGAGACUGAUUGCUUUGGCACAGAAUGGAAAAGAUGUCUCCCUGUCAAAUUUAACUUUACUUGUUCCUGCACCUAAAGUGGUAAGCUAAGUGCAUGAUAAAAUUAUUCAGGAUUUGUAUGACACCAUAUUGCUGUUAAACCAUUUUGCUAUUAAUUUUUUUAUACAGUGAGCUUUCAAUCUCUUCAUGUUCUGGAAGCAACAAAUAAUACAAUUUAUACUUUCUUAUGUACAGAGUACCACUACUUGUAUUGUUCCAUACAUAUGGUCUCUAUAGGGACAUAAACAGGUCUAGGACAAUAAUUAUUCUGCUUAUUCAGAGGGAAUUUAUUUCAUACAUUUCAGUAACCAAACAAAGAGUACAAUGCCAGUGCCACUAAAAGUGCCUUUUAUAAGUGGCUUUUUUCAUACACAUACAGUUGUAAAGUGAACAUUGACAUUCAGAAAUACAGAGCCAAAUGCAUUGUCUUAUUAGAGUUUUUUGUCAACAUAAAAUUAUCUGUAGCCAGCGAAGAUCAUACUUUGUGUCAAGUGGUUGCUCACGCAAGGUUUACAAAUUGAUCGGUGAAUUUUAAAUCCAUUACAAAAAUUGAUGAGGUGCUCCUUCACCAGAGGACUUAAAAACAAAUUUGCUUUGAAUUAGUGGUUGACCAUAUGAGCAGUGACUCCUCAUGAGAAGAGCUGUCAUGUACUCGGAGGCUUAAUACAAUCAGUGGCAAACAGUCAAAGGGCAAAGCUGUCAUAACAUUAGCUGUCGUGAGAGUGUCAAGGGAAUUAUUUGGAAUUAAAUAAAAACAAAACAAAACAAAACAGUAAGAUUGUGUCCUACUACUGAGGUUUUUUUUUUCAAUUUUUCCAGGAACUUGUGCCCCCUGCUGUCCCUCCCCCACAAGAGAGCACUCUCUGGGCUGUAAAAGCUGCUGAAAAGGCAAAGUACGACAACAUUUUUGAGGUAAGCCAGUUGUCCUGAAAACUUGAAUCAUUAUAAGUUUCUGAGAAACUGCCCACCCCUCCCCUAAGCCCCUAAAAUUAGAAAAAACAGUAAAAAAUACUAUGCAAAGGUUCUGUCAAGAUUUUUCAUUUGAUUAUGAUAACACCAUAGGAUUUCAUCCGCCAAUUAUUUUACUGUAACUUGGUUUUGAGUUUAAAGGAUUGAUUAUCUAAAGUUAUUUUCAUUUGGCAUGUUAUUUUAGGGCCUAAAACCUGUUAAUGGACUUCUCCCAGGCGACAAAGUCAAACCUGUAAGUGAGAAGUUUUUAAUUUAUGUUAUAUAGUUUCACCAAUAAUCGUGUUUUAAGAUGUAAAACAUGUAUCUGUCUGCUUUGAGAAUAAAACACUUCAUAACUCUUUGUCCUGUUUGAUAUAUUAUAUGAACUUAAUGAUUACUGUUGUCUAUGUAUGUGGCAGUCAGUGGCUUGCUAUGGCCCUUGAUUAUAUUAUAAUUCUGUGGUUUUGUUCAACUUCAGGUGUUACUGAACUCUAAGCUUCCUAUUGAUGUACUUGGUCGUGUCUGGGAGCUGGCUGAUAUUGACAAGGAUGGCAUGUUAGACAAUGAUGAGUUUGCUGUGGUAAGGAUGAAAGAGGCUACACUAACCGAUAUGCUAGUAUAUUACACCUAAAACAGUACAAAUUUUACCAUUAACACUGCUGGACAGAGCCAGGUUUUUCCAAUUAAGGACUGUCCAUCUUAUAGAGUUAUCUUCUGCUCAAACAUCAGCUGUCCACAAUAGGACGGGUUAGCCUAGUGUCACUUCGUUAAUACAGAUGCUAGGUGGAUAGAGCCAAAUCUCUGCAAGUACAGAGGUGUUUGUUGAAUAUUGAUUGUAUACAACUCACUUUGACUCUGAAGAUGACUUACUGCACAGGUUGUCGAAACGUCAGUCACUGUCAACAACAACAGUCCUAUACAGGACUACGUUCACCCGGGCGAUCAAACUCAACCUACUUUUGAAAUGACUCCUGGGUUGAAAACCUUUCACAUUGAUUGUAUGACUUUCAGUUUUUUUUAGCGUCUUACCAAGAGAUUCAUUCUAAGCGCUUUGUCACAUGUUCCUCUAGGCUUCUCUGGGCUAAGUAAACCGCUUGCAAUAAAGAGAUGCUUGUAUUGUAGAGCUAAAUUAGGAAUUGUUUAGGAUCUUUGGGACUUAGUUAGUUGUCUACAACAUAGCAAUGUCAUUAAUAUUAUCAAUGGUGUAUCCAGGGGAGGGGCCUGAAGGGCCAAAGAAAAUUUUUUUAAGACCGCCCCUCCCCCCUUAUCUCAGGGUCUGGGUGACCGGGCCCCCCCCUAAUGUGAAGGUCUGGACCUGCCGCUGAUUAUGGAGUAUCAGUUGUCUAUAAGGAGAGUUUUUAGAGUGUUAAUACACCAUCUUAUGGAUGUACUCCUUCUGAUUUGUUUGUUUGUUUGUUUAUGUUUUGUAACAGGCCAUGCAUCUUGUUUACCGUGCCUUAGAGGGAGAUCCUGUACCAUUGACACUCCAUGGCAAACUCAUUCCUCCUUCAAAGCGAAAGUUAAAGCUGACAUCAUCAGCCCCCUCUUCACCAUCUCCCCAGAGUCACACCCCUCCUUCAAUCAGUAGUUCAGUUCUCUCUGUUACAGUGAGUUGUUAGACAAUAUUUUAUCUCAGUCAGCUGUAAGCUGCUGCUUUUAAGCUCCCCCACGUAUAAGCCUUCUCAGUUGUAGGCCAGUCUACCUCUAAGCAAAAUAAAAUGUUCCUGAUUAUUGCUAGUUUGCAUGUGACGUCACGGCGGCAUGUUGGUGGUCAAGAACAAUUAUCUCCCCUGGGAACUAAACUCUAUUUUCAUGUAAAUUCCCCAACAUGGCCGCCUUGUCACAUGGUUGCAAACCAAGAAUAUGAGCCCCGCAGACAUAAGCUGCCCUCCAAAUGAAUUAAUUUGAUUUAUUAUGAUGCUUUGAAUCUUACUUGUAAUUAAAAGACAAGUAAAUCCAUGACGUUUUUUGAUCAGCACUGCUAUAGCUUGUUUUGAAGCAUUUUUCUAUUCUUGUUAUAAGUUCCCCUGGAUAGUAGCUCCUCCGUUUAUAAGCCCUCUAAAACCCUUACAAAGCUAAACCCAUGUAAGCAACAGUUUACGGUCUAUCAUUUGGUUAGCAACGAUUAACAAAGUUAGCAGUGUGUGUUUUAGCGGUGUAAGCAGUCUCCUUAAAAAACAUAAAUAAGCUGAAGCUAUAGACUGAUAGCAGUCCCUCGUGCGAGCCAACGAGCGAGGCAAAUGCACGAGGAAGAAGACACGUGAUACGUGGCCAAUUUUAGUUUAUCAUGUCAAUUGUUCAUUGUUACCUAAAGAGUUCAGACGUACCAGUCAGACUUGCUGUAUACUUUGCAGACCUCUCAAGAAGUUCCGUGGGUGGUAACAAGUAGUGACAAGUCACGGUAUGACACUAUGUUCAAGCAGGCUGAUAAGGAUGCUGAUGGACUUGUUUCUGGUAAAAGAAAGUGUUAUAUAGCUCAAUUUUUUGCCAAACAGCAUGCUCUCUCAUUGGUUACUUUGAGGUCACAUGGCAUCUAAAAAUAAAACUUUUUCCCGCCAAGAAUCUGUGAGCGGGCAGCGUUGCAAAAAUCUAUGACGUCAAAGGGUCAGGGAAUGUCAAUGCAUAUUGACUGUGAAAUGACCAAUGCUUAAGGCUGGUUCUCAUUAGUCUAUGAGUAGCCUCCCACACAGACGUUAGGGAGUUUUAGCAAAGAUGACGGCGACGGUCGGGAUAACGUCAAAAAAGCAAUAGAGCGUAUUCACUCUCGUGGCCAGCAUCUAUGCUAAUUUAUGCGGACAAUAGAAAGUUUUUACGUAAUAAAAGAGUUCAAUUCCCACAGGGUUGUCUUGGUACACCAACAUGGCCGCCGUUUCAUUGUUUUGGAACACCAAUAAAAGUUUGCACGUGCAUCACGCUUUUUUGUAGGAGGGCGUAAACAAGCGACGACGAAAUUUUCGUUCUUUUUCUAACCUUGAGUGCAGUCCUCAAGAUAUAAACUUUAGUGAAAUUUACCCACAUUAGACAUUUGCAACGAAAUGGAAUUUAAAAAAAAAACGCUAAUUCAUUUUAAAAGUGACGCUUUCGCUGCCGUCGUCGUCGUCGAUGCUAAAACUCCUUGUUCUUUUGGCUCGUCACGCAAUCAUCCAAGGAGUGCGUGACGAAGCCGUAAGGAAGUCUGCAACGAAGAGCUAAAGUCGUAAUCAGAGGCGUCAAACGUCAUGAUCCAUCUCCGCUUCCGGUUACGGCUCCGCCGUUUGCGAUCUUGUGAAAACUACAGGUAGUCAAAGGCCCAAGCAGAAGCGGCAGAGUAAGCCAAUCAGAACUCGUAGGGGUGAGCCUUGUGAUUGGUUUGUCCUUCCGCUUCUGCUUUUGCUUCCGUCUCUACCAAUCUGGUUUUCACUAGGUCUUCAUACCAUUCAUUAUUUUGAGAACUUGAUUUUUCCACCUCAAAGAGAAGACCGUCAUUAUUGUACAAAAUUUUUGUUAGUUUGUUUAAAGUUACUGAUGAUGGGCCUUAACAAGUAAGGUAAUACAGGGGACUUAAAAGACUCAGACCAAUAGCCAGUUCCACAUCACAACAUCACAGCCAACAAACAUUAGUUUCCGCAAUACCAAGAAACACCCAAAUAUUCCUUCUUUGUUGACUUACAGGAGAGGAAGUUAAAAACAUCUUUAUGGCGUCCGGACUUCCGCAGCAAGUGCUUGCUCACAUCUGGUAACAUAGUUGUCUUCCUUGUUUGUUCUCUGCUAAACUGCAAACAAUCAAACUUUACGUUAGCCCUAAAAAUGCUGCAGGUGGUCAUUGUGCGUCCUACCGCCACGUUCUCGCGCUUUCCACGCGAGAAUCCAGGUUUUUGUCGCUUUUGCGCGUUUUGAGAAGCGAUGCUGUUUGAAGCCGGCUGGCUAUUUAAUCAAUUUUCUAUUGUCAAUUGCUCUGUUUGAAAACACCUUUACUUUGCCCAGACUCCCAAUUCUAGUUUCAUUCAUAACCUGAAUAGUUAGAACCACGUUUUAUGCCAUAGUGAGGAGUACUGUGGGAAAUGCUGGUAAACAGUUUUCGCUUGAUUUUGCCAGGAUUAGGUCUCUACAUUUAUCCUGUUCAGUGUAUUUGCCAUUAAAAACAGAGGGCGAAACUGAAAGAUGAAGGAUCUAAAAAAAUGUUAUAACUGAUCUAAUCCUGUCCCUGGAACUGAAAAUACGGUGGGCCAUUCCCAUACCUUAACCCUCUUUUCAAAACAAGGGCUAAUGCAUAUUCUGAUAUGAAAAUGAUUUCUAUCCUCAUUCAAGGCAACGUCACAUGAAAGAUUUUGCAUUUGGCAUAAUUUUGAAAGUGAGGGUUUUUGGAACUCGUAAAAGGCCUAUUGUGACCCAAAACUACUGAAAUAUCUAAUUAACACUUUAAUCUCUGUGAGAGGUUUGAACCGAGGAGUCAUUUCAGAAUUACAUUUGCGGUAGUCGUCUUCCGAGUGAAAGUGACUCUGAAGAUGACUACCGCACAAGUUGUCGAAACGUCAGUCACUGUCAACAUCAGUCCAAUUCAGGACUACGCUCACACGGACGAUUGUACUCCACCUAAUUACUUUAAUCUCUGUUUAAGGGGGCUCUGUGACGUGACAAACCAAGGACGUUUGAAUUCUGAACAGUUUUCGUUGGCCAUGUACCUUAUUCAUCAAAAAGUCAUGGGAGUCGAUCCACCACAGACUCUUAGUGCAGAGAUGAUACCGCCCUCAAUGAGAAAUGGAAGUGCUUCCACGCCCACGGCCACAGGGGAGGACAGGGUAGGUGUUACUGUAAGAUGUUAGUGUUAAUCUGGGGGAGGGGUGUAGAAUGGGAAAAGAAUCACCAGGUAUGAGCGGGGAUCGGCGGCGUGCUGCGACGACAAGUCAUGAGGAAAACCUUGUCGGGUGUACUGACACUGCGGCAAGCCACGAAAAUCAAGGUUCAUGAAUGAUGCUCUUUUAUUGGUCCGUUUUGAUUUUGUAUUUGGGACAGAUCGUAUCAAGGGCACACACGGUGGGUUACUUUGUCUCUGCGACUCAUCGCACAAAAUUAAUCCAGCUUAAAUUUAUGUGGUAUGUCACUGCAACCAAAUCUUCGUCACCACAUCAGGGUUCAUCACGCGAGGGAACUACUAUAGCCGGCCAUGGGUCUCAGCAACGAAUCGAUGCAAAAUGUCGCCGAGUGCCGUGUUCAGCGGUUAGCAUUGGAUUCCAUCGCCCCGAAACCCCUUGGAUACCUUUCGAAGUUUACAUAACGUAGUAUUACUCAUUGCUUCCACAGUAGAUAUCUACAGUACAAGGGAAACCAAAGCCACAAGAAUGUGUAUGCUUGCUUCUUCAGGUGUCCAAGAGGUUUUAAGUGGUUUUAGGCCAGUGGGAUCCAUUGUUAAUCGUGUUAAGUUUUACAGACGCCUUAUGGUGCGUUUGCCUUGUUUACGUAAUUGACCUCAUCAACAUAAACUCAGUGUUGUGGGUAAAAGACAAAAGGCUGAUACAAGUUUAAGACUGUAACUUUGAAUAAAUAUUAAAUAGGCUUGUUGUGGUUUCCUUUUAGCAGGACGGGACAGCUGCAGGAAGCGUUGUUUCAAGCCUGAAUGAUUUUAGCGCCAUCAAAGAGCUUGAUAAAAUAAGCAAAGAAAUUGAAGAAUUAGGGAGGCAAGUUAUAAGUUUUGUUUCUGUGGUUUAGCAAAUGAUCAAAAUUAAUACUAAACUGUUCUAUGUGCAUGUUAUUUCUUUAACAGAGAAAAAGCCAAUCUACAGCGUGAAAUAGAAGAAAAAGAGGACAUGAUUAGACAAAGAAAUGGAGAAAUACAGGUAUGGCUCGAUAUUGAUGUAACAUUAGUGACGUAAAGCAUCAUUCACGGUAAACUGUACCAUUGCCAAUAAAGUUUUGUUGUUGUCGUUUACUGCAAAACUAUCACGUGACCGUUCUUCAUUUUUUAAGGUUGCUGCAAACUUUUCCUUUUUAACACAUCUUGCCAAAAAUGGAGAUUCUUAGUGUAUCCAUGUACUCACCAAGUAGUCUCCAUUGAACUCCCGUACACAGUAGAACCAUCUUGUGGACAUUUUGCACACACGUCGAUGUUACAACACGCUCUUAUGUGCCUUCUAGCAUAGAGAGACAUAAUGGGGCCAUUUAUACGAGGAAAAAUAAGACGCGAACUGUACCAUUUAUACGAGCAUGUCUUAUCUAAGACGAGAACAGCUCGUAUAAAUGGUUCGCGUCUUAUUUCUGUUCUUGACUCGUUUUUAUGUGAAUGUUGCCCGUAGGAACGGCAGUCCAACAUGGCGCGUCAAAAAUUAACACAUGCGUACUAUGCGUUCGCGUCUUAUCUAAGACGCGAACGUCAUUUAUACGAAGUUUUUCUCGUCUUAGCAAAGACGCGUCUUAUCUAAGAACAGGUGUUAAGGGCUGUUCCAAAAUAAGACGCGUCUUAGCCAAGUCGCGUCUUAUUUUAGACGAAAUGUGCCGUUUGUACGGAAAGUUUGCGUCUUAUUUAAGACGCUUCCUAUGUAAGACGCGUCUAUUUUUCCUCGCAUAAAUGGCCCUAAUGACGAUGAUGACGAUGACAAUGACAUUGAUGAUUAUGGUAAAAAUGAGGGGGGAGGAGGAGGAGGGGGAAGACAAUGACAACGACAAUCAUCAUCAUCAUCAUCAUCAUCAUACAAAAUUGUACUUGUUUGAGUGUCAAUGUAGUUAGCGCGAAAGUGUUAAGUGAGGACACUAUUUUUACGCCUCGUUCUAGAGACAGGAUCGCCAUUUUACGAAGUCAUCCUAGCCACGCGAAAGUCUAGCCGGUUGCAGGGCAAAGGCGGUACCUUCAUUUCUCAGUUAUUUUUGAGACACUGAGUAUUGGUCCCGCCUCGGGAAUCAAACCCGCGACCCUCCGCUCAGCGGUCAAGCAAUCUACCAACUGAGCUAAUCCUGCCGCGGUAAAGAGACCUUAUCGUCAUCAGCAGCAUCAUGAUAGACGUUAAAACCAUAUAAACUUAAUUUUUAACUGUCUAAGGACUUAGCUUGGAAAGGAAACAAAGGAAAGACAAGGUUGUACCAAGAGAGAAUGGUGCAUGGAUAAGCAGAAAACUUACAUUAUCUGUUGUUUAUUUGGGCACAGAAUCUACAAACUGAGCUGGAGAAAACCAAAGUAAAGUACCAAGAAUUAGAGAAACAGAAGGCUGACGCUCAAAGCAAACUCGAUGAGUUGGAUAAGGAGGUUAGAAUGAAAGAUGUUUUUUUUUCUGCUGAUGUGUUGUGUCGUGACGGACAUUUGAAGCUCGCUCACCUGGCAUGGGACAAUCCUCGCUUUUGGCGCCAUGCGCAUUUCUAGUGAUUAAGACAGAGUGCAAAACGAUUUCAAUUAUUUGCAGUCAAAAACGUAUAAUUGUAGUAUAAACGGUGCUGGAGAGUAAUGGCUGUUGUACUUUUAUUCCCAGAAAGCCAAAUAUGAAGAGAUGCUGAAGGAUGCCAAACAAAAAUGUGACGAAGAAACAAAAACUGUGAGUAUUUUGCUUUUACACACGCCUUCCCUUUACCUUUUUGUUUUUGUUGUUGUUGUUUUUUUGCACAAAAAUCAUCAUAGGACAGAAAAAAAAAAACAAAUGUCAGGAAUGGAUAGUGUUUCGGGCGUGAGUCUGACUGACUUUUCAAGGUCGGGGUUGUUUCAUGGCAUUCACGGUCGCCAAAAUGAUUCACCUGUGUGUUACGCGCCAUUCGUUUUCACGCGCGCCCUUCCUGUUUUCUCGCGUCUGAUUUUCUCCUCCCCUCUCUCGCCUUCGAACCUCUUCCACGCAACUAGGUAGUUAAUAACAACUAAACAGCUAGAAUCUUAUUGCUAAGAGGGCUGUCAGAAGAAAAAUGUUCUAUUUCCAACCAAAAUUCAAUAAAGUGAAUUUGUGCUGUUUUUCUUGUUAGAUAAACAGCUUACAAGCGCAAAUUGCCUCUUCAAGACAUUCGGCCCUGGUAAGUAGAAUCGUCCCCACUCCCUAGGGGGAAAAAUGUUUGUAACGAUCGAAAAUUAUUUUUUCGUAAAAAUUUUCCCUUUGUUUCCUAUUUUCCAGCACCAAGAGGAAGAAUUAAGUCAAGCAAGAGACGAAUUAAACAAGCUGAGAGAGGAUGAAACGAGGCUUGAACGAGAAGUAAGUAAUAAUGACCUUAUAAAAUGGGAGAAAAUGCUCUGUUUUCUUUUCCUUUCUUUCCUUUUUCUUCUUUUUAUUCUCGUCACUUUGCCAGAAGGUGCUAUCUUCUUCUCUCUUCUACAAAUUCGUUUAUAAACUAUUAUUUCUUAAAAGGAAAUGUCUGACUCAGUAACUUUAAUCGAAAUCGUAUGCCUUGCUAUUUUUUAUCAGAUCGAAUCAAGUAAAGAACAUUUGGAGGCUGUACAAAAACAAAUCAAAUCUGUUCAGACAGAGUUAUCACAGGUAACGAUCACAACAGGGCCAUUUUAGGUGUAGUCUCCCUCGCAGCCGUUUUUGUAUGUCACGCAACGCUCUUGGGGGAGCGUUGCGUGACAUCCAAAAAACGGCUGCGAGAGAGACUAUUUUAGGUGGGACCUCUCAGGUUGAGGUAGAGUUACUGCAGGCUCCUUUGCAGCCGCCCUAGCUGGAGUCACGCAUUCUCCCCAGAGCUUUGCGUGACGCACUCGCGAGCGGUCGCGAAGGAGGCCAGAGAUACCCUGCUUAUCAACAAAAUCAUUACUUCAAGUAGAUCAGUACUUGGUUCAGGAACAAUUCGUUUCACUCCAGUUAUUGACUCGUUCAGUUACUGGCAGAACUCACAACUUUUGUUGAAAGGCUAACUAUCAUGUAGGAGUUACAGGCACUAGUAUUUGGAAAGAGAUUAUCUUGCAUUUGCAUAACGCAGAUGUAAGAUUACAAAAAAAAAGGAAACUAUAAUAAUGGUGUUUGUCAGCAGUUUGUAAAUCGAACUUUAAGAAAUAAUUCAAAGGAUUUGUUUUAAGUGGUUUUGUUAUGACUUUGUUUUUAGCAUUGUUUUGAGGGAACAUUUUCUGGAGACAAAAUGCUUUUCUUUGCUUCUGUAGUGUUUGUCUCUGUUAUUUGUAUAGGUAAUAGCAUGAUUUGUAGUGACAAAUACCACGAGUGAUAUUUCGAAAUUGUUACACAUAAUUUCACGAGCCGUUAUGCGAGUGAAAUUUGGGACAAUUUUGAAAUAUCACGAGUGGUAUUUAUGCCAAAUGUCAUAUACAAACCAUGCUAUUAUUUGUUUAUACUACUACCAGCAAAAGGUUUGUAAUUUUCACAUGUAGGUAUUUCAAAUUAACCUGAAAUACCACUGCUCUAAGCCAAUCAAAUUGCAGAAAUUUCUCAUGUAGUAGUAUAAUAAUCCAUAUAAUCACACUCAUUUCGCGACAGUCCUGAAUACAAACGUUUCUCUCCAUGAAGUCACUCUCGCCUGAUUGUAAAUUUCUGUUCCUUAUCUAUUGUUGAUAAUAUUAAUUCGUUUUGUAGGUUAGAUCAAAGGUGUCAACGCUGGAAGAAACGAACAAUAGUCUAAACGCCAAUAUUGCGCAUUACAACUCUCUGAUGAACUCAAAUAGCGUAGCCAGUGGCCCCGCCCCUAUUCCUGAUUUUACACCACUUCAUGAUGCCUUUGAUAUGACACCGACUCCUUCUGAAGCGGACGCUAUGAGCGUUAGAGCAACGGUAAGCAACGAGAAUGAACUACAGUUUCGUUCAACGCAUGUACAAAAGGGCAGCAGCAUUUCAUUUCGAUAGACUGCGCUGAGUAAUAAAGAAAACAAAGCUUUCUGAAAGGAAAAAAUGAAACCUCUUCUAUUAGCGGAAUAAUGCCAGUGGGGGAUGCAGACCUUUAGAUAAGGGGGAGGGGGAGGGGCGGUCAUCCAGACCCUGACGUAAGGCGGAGGGGGGGGGGCGGUCCUCGGGCCUCAGAUUGGUCUAAAAAUAAGGGGGAGGCCCGGGCCCUCCGGGCCCCUCCCCUGGAUCGGCCACUGAAUAAGAUUAAGUAUUUGCGUUAGAUCCGUUUUUGCUCUGAUUGGUUAAUUUAAACUGUGUCUAACUAAACAGCCAUUAAAAAAGCUAGCCAUUCUAAACCAUAAAAAAGGUGGUGUCGUAAGUUUUUCUUUGUUUAAUUUUCUAUAGGCAGGAAGCAGUCCCGUUAGUAGUAUUAGUGGUUUUAGUGUUGGAUCUGGUCGAGUUGAUGAAGCUGUGGACGAUUUUAAGGUAUAUAUUAGUUCUACAGUGCUGUUUUGAAUUCUUUCUCCUGAUUAGCUAACACUUAAAGAGCAAAUGAAACAAAGUUAAAUCUUUUCUCUUUUAGGAUUCAGAUCCCUUCAAGAGUAAAGAAAAUUUAUUUAGUUCCUCAGAAGCAGGUAAGCUCCAAUGUGCACCAUGGUUUUCAAUGAUUGACGGGUUUUUUUUUUUCUAAACCAUUGUAAUGUCUUAGAGUCCUAUCCAGUUUUCCUUGAAAAUCGUUUCUCCCGAGAGUCUCAAUAAUAUCAGUGUUCAUCAACCAGUGUUUUCUCACUAAAAGCAUCCCUAAUAUGGAAAGUGCUUAGCUGGAUUGACUUAUCAGAUUGCUGAAAAGGGGAUGACGUCAAAGAGGACAGAACCCAAGCGUGUCGCUUCGCGCGUUUGCUUCUGUUCGCUGAGCUAUGAAAAUUGUCUGUUCACUUGUUUUGAUAAACUAGUUAAACGGCUCGCGGUCAUUCACAAAGUCGUGUUUGUCUCGAAAUCGACAUCUGCAAAUCAUAAGCCAAUAUUCUCAAACGCUAACAUGAGAGCUCCCUCGUUCGCAUAGAACUGUUUUGGUCACUUCUAUCAUUAGAAAUCGCUCUUUGACAAGGCAUGCAAGUUCUGACGGUAUAUUCAUUUGUUACGAAAGUAAAAGCGAAUAAACAUGAACUCUCUCUUUUUCAGAAUCUAACGACCCCUUUCACGUGGACGAUCCCUUCAAGACAGACCCAUUUCAUUAUAAAAGCGUCUCCUUCGCAGAUCCGUUCACAGCGGAUCCUUUUGAGGUGAGAAACUGAAAACGGCUGGUUUCAAUAGUGUUAAUCCAAAACAUUUUCCCAACUAAACACCUUACUCCAAAACGAUUGCAAUAAAACCAUUUUUUUUUUCUUAUGUUAAUGAGUAAAAUCCAACUAGUGGUCUAUUAUCAAUGCUGCGUUCUGAUUGUUUGAGCUACUGCUGGGCUAUAUGUUUAGUAUAGCCCACUAGCAGCGAAAAGCGCCGGCUUUGGAAACGCGUUUUGCUAGAUAAAGUUUUUGUCUCGAUAUUUUUGACCAACUAGUUGGAUUUUACUAAAACAAUUAUCCCUCUCGCCCUCAUGGCCUCUGAGUCAAUAGCCCGUUAGGUCUUCGGCCUCAUGGGCUAUUGACUCAGAGCGCAUUCGGGCUCGAGGAAUAAUUGUUUAUUAGCCCUCAUUGCCUUACUUGCAUCUGCAAAAUUCAUAAGAGCUUUUACCGUGAAACGAUGCAUUUAGGGCCAAUUAUCAUGAUGACAAAAGAAUAACAUAAUUUGACGCCAUUUUGUAACAAGGUGCAUACAUAAGACUGAAACAGUUUGCAUUCGUUUGACCGCUAGACGUGCAAAAACCUUAAUUCUUUUCUAGAGUAUGUACGCUAGCUCUUCGAACCUCAAUGCAACGGUAUGGUUUGCUUCUACACUUUUGUUGUGGAGGUCAUGUCUGGAAUGUUAUCCCAAAUUCUAGUAGUCUUCAUUGUUUUCAUUAUAGGACGUAAGAAGUGUACAUAUUAAGUUUUCCUGUUUGUCUGUCAGGGUGAAGAUUUGUUCAAAAGUGACCCCUUUAAAAGCGACUUACCAGCAAGUGGCGAGGCUAACGGCACUGCAACAGGAAUAUCGAACGGUAAGUCUCGAGUUUCAGACGAGGUUAAUCUUGGCUGCUUUACUUUUGCCUUGAUAUGCUUUUUAAUCAUCCUGCUUGCGCACUUUUCCUUUUUCCACACACAGUUGACUUAUGAUUGGCUGAAAAAUCACGCGCUACUUUAUAGACCAAUCAGAAGUUAAACCAAAACUACAUGUGACAUCAUCACUCAUGCGCACGUGCCUCCCGGGCUUAGCGCCUGCUUAUUGUAUCUGUCGCGAGUUUUGAUUGGUUUAUUUGAUUGUUUGCUCGUUUUGUGAUUGGCCAGAAGAAAUUGCUUUCGUUUUGUUUUCACUACGCUCUUUCGUAAAGGGCUUUGAGAAAAUCAGUUUGUGAUGUGUACUUUUUUUUUUCUUAACUAUAGGAUUAUCUGCUUCACCUUCGAAAUCAGAUCCUUUUGCUAUGGAUCCAUUUCAAAGUACAUUCCCGAGUAGCAAGGUAAGUGCGAUGAUCAUUCUUCACUUUCAUCUAAAUCGGAAAUUUACUGCGAUGAUCAUUCUUCACUUUCAAAGUUCAUUUGGCAGAGCAGCGCUCUCCGUUUUUCUAUUUGAUUUCACAUUUACAGUCGACGUAAUAGGGCUAUUUAUACGAGGAAAAAUAAGACGCGUCUUUCAUGAGACGAGUCCUAAAUAAGACGCAAACUAUCUCGUAUAAACGGCACAUUAAGCCGCGACUUAGCAUAGACGCGUCUUAUCGAAGAACAGGUAGGGGCUGUUCUUAGAUAAGACGCGUCUUUGCUAAAUUUCACACGAAAUGUCCCCUUUAUACGGGAUAGUUUGAGUCUUAUUUAGGACAGUCACGUCCUAUGUAAGACGCGUCUUAUUUUUCCUCGUUUAAACGGCCCCAAUGUGAUUUUCUUCACACUUAACCGUUAAGAAGGCCAGGAUUUAUUAAAUCUCGAAGGCGUUCUUGAUAUCAAAAAAAGGCUUUCUGAUGAAAUUUCAAUGCGGUGAAUUUGUUACAACCUUUUUAAGGAUUUUUAACCUGUUUACGUCUCUUACAGAGUUCGACAGAUAACUUCUUUAGCUCAGAUCCCUUCAAACCAUCUGGAAGUAGUUCAGAUUCUAAGAAAACCACAGAUAGCAAAGACUUGAGCUCUUCUGCGAAGGACCCUUUCAGCAAUCCUUUUGGUUCUGAUCCGUUUGGUGAGUUC